AUCCCUACCCAACUCUGUAAUCUAUGACGUGUUUUGACGUUUGUCAUUAAAAAACGUCGUUGUUUUGCGGUAUUGAACAGCAAAUUUUAUUUUUUUAUUAACAGAAAACCUAAUAAACAAUCAAUUAGACACCAUUGAUAUGAACUUACUUUCCACGCAUUAAUUUAUUAAUAAGCUUCACUAGCUAUAACAAUGAUUACGCUUAAUAGAAAAUUAAAAAAGGAACAUACGGAGCCCACGAACGGUAUUAAAGUGGAUACGAACAAAAGGAUAUCUGUUAGGGACAAAUUGCUAGUGAAAGAGGUUCAGGAGAUGGAGGAGAACCUCCCAGGGACGUGUUCUGUGCAGUUUGAGGACCCAAACGUGCUCAGCGAGUUCACUUUGAUAGUGGCCCCUGAUGAAGGUAUUUGGCAAGGGGGCAAGUUUAAAUUCAGUGUUUUUGUCACUGAAGACUAUAAUAUGGCACCUCCGAAAGUAAAAUGUCUAACUCGAUUAUGGCACCCAAACAUUAACGUGGACGGAGAUAUCUGCUUGUCCCUGCUGCGGCAGACAUCAAUUGACGAGCACGGCUGGGCACCCACUCGGAGACUCAAGGAUGUGGUGUGGGGCCUCAACUCGUUAUUUACUGAUCUCCUAAACUUUGAAGACCCUCUUAACAUCGAAGCGGCCGAGAUGUAUAGCAAGAACAAAAUCGAGUUCCAAGCAAAAGUCCAGGAUUACAUAUCAGGAGCUAAAGGCAAGAGAUGAAAUUCGGUUUCACUGUACAGCGUCCUUAGGAAUCUUUGUACAUUAUUCAUCAUUUUUAUCUACCAUUAUUUUGUAGGUAAAUAUUUAAUACUCCAAAAGUGAUAGAUCUAUAUUUAAAUAAUUCACAUUAUAAUAAUGAUGGUGUUAGUUUUGUAGCUGUGAUUUUAUAUGGUUGUGUUUAUUUGGUUUGUUUGGUUGGUAAUUCAAUUUUGAUUUAGGGAAUUAUUUUAAAAUAUAAAAACGCGUAGCAUCAUAAAAAUAAUUUAUAUUUAAACUAUAAUAAUAUUACGCGUUAAUUUUAUUAACCGAUUUACCACCGUUUGUCUUAUCGCGUGUCACGCACACGCCAACAUAAUUGAUACAAUCACGCUAACAAGUAUGAAAAUUAAGUACUUGAGAGAAUGUAUUAUACGUUGACAGACAAGAUUAAUAAUAAAAUAUGACAUUGAUGCAUCAAGGUUUGUUUAAACAGAGGACCUACCGGGGAAACGCGAAUCUGAAAUUUCGCUAUCUGCCCUUUAUCGCUCGUAUAUGCAAGUGACAGAUGUUAGAUAACGAAAUUUCGAUUUUCUUGUUUAGCGAUAGACCCUCAGAUUGUGGUAGUGGCGCCCCCUGCGCAGAGUUUCGCGUAAUAUUCCCUAUUGUGAGUACAUCCUCUAGUCAUUCAAAGGAUUUGAUAAUUAUACCAAAUUAUCGUUUAUUUCAGACUUAUUUGCCAAUAUUACAGUAAUAAUAUACACGGCAUGGAUACAUCUGCAUUGUUGUAUUGUAGACUAUGUUUUUUUUAAUGAGCAUAAGAUUAAUUUAAAGUAAGGACGCUGAGCACAAAAAAAAUCGUAAGUACAUUGACGCGCCAUUUCCUAUCACUAUAGCACGCGCAUAUUUAAAUUGCUGCCCCGCUGAAGAUGCCGGAGUCAAUUCCACUUUGCGACCGGGAUAGCAUAGUAGAUUGUGUCACCAGGGAGCAAAAUGACAUGUUUAGGGCGUACAUUGAAUCCUAAACGAGGCUAUCCGAAGGAUUCUAUUAUAGAAUCCCGAGAGUAGCGAGGGAUUCUAAAGUAGAAUACUGUGCAUAGUGAGGGAUUCAAGUGUGCUACGCCCAAGAUGGAAAUAAUUUUGCUACCAUGUGACACGUACUGCUUUUCACAUCACCGACGAGGUAAUUAUGUUUAAAUAAAAUAUUUAAAAAUAGUGUCCUAGAACAGAAAAGUGUUACUUUGAUCCCUCCUAGCAGGGAAGAAAAGUGCCACUUUGAUCCCUCCUAGCAGGGAAGAAGCCCUUUUUUGACUUGGUGAUGUGAAAAUAUAAUUAUACGCGUGCGAUAGCGAUAGGAAACAUCGGGUCAGUGUAACAAAUUCUCACCUAUAAAAUCACAUUCUACAAGACACUGUCGAGUCAUACAAAUGGAAGCUGUGUGUCCGAAAUAAUCAUUGACGUAUAUCUGAGGACGGGCCUUACGGGCACUAAGAAUGGUGCUAGUUCAGCGGUGUGCCUCACGAAUUCGACCAAGCGCGUAGCGCGCGCUAAUUUCGACCAAUCGCGCGCGUGAUGCGAACUCAUCAACCAAUCGCGUUGUAGCUGUGGCUCACCAAUGUACUGGCCCCAUUCUUAUUGCCCGUAAGGCCCCGUCCUUAGAUAUAAUACGUCAAUGGAAAUAAUGCAAUAAUAGGUGUUUGAAUCGUGUGACCAUUUUUAAUAUGCGUGUUCCGAUUACAUGGAAUUUUAUAAUAAAUGAAAUAUGCACGCUC